AAGCGGAGUCUGAGCGGGAGGCCGAGCCGGGGGAGCGGCUCUUGUAGCUCCCCCGGGCUCCGGACCUCGCAGGAAGGAGGGCGUUACUGCCGCUGCCUGGCACCUGAAGUCUUCAUGAUGGCUGUGACCUAAAUUCCUUCAGGAAGCCCCGGGGUCAUGGCCCAGCAGCACCCCGGGGAAAGGAAGUUAUACAGGGCACCCCACAGUGGCUCUUCAGUUUGGACUUCAGGGCCCACUGUGGGCCCCGACAAACUUUCAUUCUCAGGAUUUGGGGACUCGGUGGAGGCUGCACCCAAUGGUACCUAUUGCCUUACAAGACAUCCUUGUGACACAAAUUCACCUCCCCAGAGCCCCACCCACCAAUCGGAUCCAAGCCAAGGCACUCCAGGGGACCCAGGACCCCCUGGGGAGGGAGAAGACCUUGAUCAGACUGAAGCAUCUUCAGAAGAGGAAACGGGAGUGGACAAGGAACUUUCAAGGGACAAUGGGGCUGGGGACCUGGAGGACAGGGACUCUUCCAUCCCACCUGUACCAUCAGUCUGUAAUUGUCAGGGAGCUCCCAGUGUCCCUGAGGGGCCUUUCUCUGAGGGAGGAGAUGGUUCAUUUAGUAACUUUUGCACCUGCUGUACCCCCCCAGCCCUGGGAGAAGAUGAAGAUGAUGAGGAAGGGUCCUCCAGGGUUCCCAGUGACCCUUCUCCUGUGUCCAGUGGAAAAAAGCCUCCACCCAAGAGGCAGCGGCAUCGUAUGCCAACCAAAGAGGAGCCUAGGGAGAGUGGUCGAAGAGACCCCCGGGCUUCCGGUCGACACCGAUCUGGCCGGAAACGGAGCCAGGCAGACCGGCGUCGGUAUUUGGUGGUGUGGGGAUCAGAGGAACUGUACCGACUGGGGCAGAAAGGGUUCUGGUGGCUAAUUGAAUUGUUGGUGUUGGUGGGGGAGUAUGUGGAAACUGGUGGGCACCUUAUCUAUUCUUGUGGACAGUUGAGAGGCAGUGAUCUAGAUCUGCUUCGAGUAUGGGUGGGAAGCUGGGUAGGGCAGUUGGGGAGCUGGGCUCAGUUGGGGUUCCUGUGUCUGUGCCGGGGACUUUGCUAUGGGGCAGGGCUUUUUUCCCACCUGCUCCGUCUCCUGUGUGCUGUGCUACUAUUGGUUCUGGCCUUGCUGUUGGGCUGUCUUCAGCUGAGCUGGCGAGUUUUAGUGUGUAUGGGAGAUCGAUUGGGUUGGCGGGCUCAGGCCUCCUGGCUUAUCUCCAGGCUGGAUUCACCUGUUGUACACCGAUGUUGGACUUACCUCAAAGAAAGCAGGACAUGGCAACAGUUGGUGGGGCUGGUGCAGAGGGGUUGGCUGGAGAUUCCUUGGGUCAAGCAGAGGAUCAACAGGCAAGGGGAUGGCCCAGCAUCUAGUGGGCGAUACUGCCAACCUGGAGAGGAGGUGUCUCGGCUCUUGGCCAUGGCUGGGAUCCCAGAAGAUGAGCUAAACCCCUUCCAGGUUCUAGGGGUAGAAGCCACAGCAUCAGAUAUAGAACUGAAGAAGGCAUAUAGGCAGCUGGCAGUGAUGGUUCAUCCUGACAAGAACCACCACCCCAGGGCUGAGGAGGCCUUCAAAGUGUUGAGGGCUGCCUGGGAUAUUGUCAGUAAUCCUGAGAGACGGAAAGAAUAUGAGAUGAAACGAAUGGCAGAGAGUGAGCUGAGCAGGUCAGUGAAUGAAUUUCUGUCCAAGCUGCAGGAUGAACUCAAAGAGGCCAUGAAUACUAUGAUGUGCAGCCGGUGUCAAGGGAAGCACAGGAGGUUUGAAAUGGAUCGAGAGUCUCAGAAUGCUCGAUACUGUGCUGAGUGCAAUAAGAUGCAUUCUGCUGAGGAAGGUGACUUCUGGGCAGAGUCAAGCAUGUUGGGUCUCAAGAUCACUUAUUUUGCCAUGAUGGAUGGAAAAGUAUAUGACAUCACAGAAUGGGCUGGGUGCCAGCGUGUGGGGAUCUCUCCAGAUACCCACAGAGUUCCCUAUCACAUCUCAUUUGGGUCCCGGAUUCCUGGUCCUGGUGGGCGACAGAGAGCCACUCCAGAUGCCCCUCCUGCUUCAGUUGCUGACCUUCAGGAUUUCUUCAGUCGGAUCUUUCAGGUUCCCCCAGGCCAAAUGGCCAACGGAAAUUUCUUUGCAGCUUCCCAACAUGGCCCUGGGGCCACCCCAUCAUCCAGGCCAGACAGCUCCACAGCACCCAAAAGUUCAGAAGCCAAACCGAAGCGUCGGAAAAAAGUCAGGAGGCCCUUCCAGCGCUGAUGCCCUGUCUCUUCCUCUUCUCCACCCUACCCAGCCUUAGUGUCAGGGAGUCAUAAGGGCUGUGUACAGCAUAGGAUGGAAUUUGUUUUGUUUUGUUUUUUAAAAUUUUGAAUAUUUAAAAAGUUUCAAGCAUUAACUGUUCACUCAGUGACUUGUGGGAAGCCACUGAAUCCCCACUCUGGGAACUAAGAACUGAAUCUUGUUUGAUGACAAUACCAAAGAAAUAGUGGGGUGGUUGGCAGGAAGGGCCCUUGCCUAAACUAUGGCUAAGAUUGAGGUUGAUGAAUAUUUUGUCGGGGACAGAGCUCUCUGGGAUUUGGAGGGCUUUUACAUUGUCCCUCUUUUUGAAGGCCAGGGUGAUAUUCAUUUUGUGUUGGACCUUUGGACCCUCUUCUCUACCAUCCACAUUGGGAGAUAAAGCAGAGGAGGCAGUUAGCCCUCACUUUCAGGGGUGGGUAAAAAGCUCAGGACCAUUCAGGGAAUGGGAAUGCUGCCUCUUUUUAUUCUGUGGUUCCUACCUAACCUCAGGGUUGUUUCUGCAAAUAUGGCUGAUUUGACAAUUAAAAAAGAAAAGAAAAAAGCAGACUCAAGUCCCCAUGCCCUUGGGUGGAUCUAGGAGGCAGAACAAGCACGUUUGUUGGUGGUUGUAGUGGGGUUCUCCCCAGCUAUCCUUAUGUAAUCAAAGAUUUUUUUUUAAAGUUCAUAUUUAUAUGUACAUAUCUAUUUAAAGCCAGGGGAUUUACCUUUCUAUAAAUACAACUGGCAAGCUAUGCCUA